AUGCCCUUAUCCGCGCUCAGCGAGCAGCAGCAAGCCUUCAUCUCCAGCCGCGCCAGAGUGUGGGAAGUCCGGCGAUUUUGCCAGGUGUUGCCGUCUGUCGCCCAAUACGUGCGCGGCGCAGACUCGCACUUGAUAAGCAGCAGCAGCAGCAGCACGCCACUGAGACCGCAUCAGAGGUUCUCUGCUAAUGAGCCCGAUGGCGCCCUGGCCGCCUUGCUGCGCUGCCUGGUGCACCGAACGGGCGCCGACUUGGCCAUGGUCAGCUUAUUGGACGACCACACUCAGUAUUUUGUGUCUGGCGCCAGCCGGACUAACAUGCAUGAUGUAAAAGUUACACUAGACUCGACCAAAUGGUAUGGCUGCGAGUCAGUGUCCCACCAUGGCGGUUUGUGCGAACGCACCAUUACGUUGCAGAACCGGCCGGGCAACAUGGCCAUGUAUGAAGAGCUCGACAUGGCAAAGGUAGAGAGAACCAAGAACCUCACGUUUGUGCAGGGCGAUGUCGCCAAGUUCCGGUACUAUGCGGGCGUCCCGCUAAACCCAUACCACGGCCCAAACAUUGGCACCCUCUUCAUCUUUAGCGAAGAGCCGUCGGAACAGGGGCUCUGUGCCACAGACCGUGCCUACAUGUUCGAGACAGCCUCGCACAUUACAAAGUAUCUUGAGCAGGCCGUCGAGGCGCUCGAGGGCAAGCGAGUGCUGACAUUCAACAAGAGUGUCGCCUCGUUGCUCGACGCCGAAGCAUGCACUCGAGUAGCCACUGACACAGCAAAUGGACUGCCUCUUGCAAAUUCCCAUCACAAAGAGCUCAUGGUGUCAAACUUGUAUACUGAGCCCAUCUUGCGCCUGUACCGCCUGGCCGCCACUCUCCUCCAUGAUACCUUUGACUUUGACGGCGUCAGGAUCCAAGAAGUAGACCCGUCUGGAAGCCAUGUCAACCACAAUCCCGAUUGGAAUGGAUCCAAGGUGUUGGCCCAGCACAUGGAGCCCAUGGAGCAAGAGCCUGGAGAUCCAUCGCCGGCGUUGACAGAGAGGCUACUGGAAAUGUUCCCGCAAGGCUGCAUCAUGCAAAAGCUGGAAGACUCGGACGACAUUGUUGCUGCCACCAGCACGGGGCGGGUGGUUUUUGUCGUCGACGCCCUCCUAGCCACUGAGCUACCCAAGAUCUUGCCAAAGGCCCAACAGAUCAUCAUCAUGCCCUUGUGGGACACGCAUCGCGAGCGUAACAUUGGAGUGGUGCUUGGCUUUGCUAACAACCAGUCUCGAAUCUACCUGAGUUCGACAGAUCUCCUGUCCAUUUCCGUCUUCUGCACCACGCUUAUGACGCAGGUCCGCCGGCUGGAAGUGCAGGCCAUGGAUAGGAUAAAGGCUGAUUUCCUGGGCUCCAUGUCACAUGAAAUGCGGACUCCGCUGCACGGGAUCCUGUCUGCGUUGGAACUCCUUGCCGACACGCCGUAUAGCACUGAUCAGCGCGAUCUGCUCGAGACAGCACGGUACAGCGGCGUCUUGUUGCUCGAUACGAUUGAGCGCGUGUUGCAUUUCAGCAAGAUCAGCUCCACAACGCGGGUGCUGGACGAAACGCGCUCCACUGGAUCCAGUGUGCGGACUACGCAGCAGUCGAGUCCGCUGUGUCCGCCAAUAGGUGCUACGCCGCACAAGCGGCAAACAUCCAAGAUGAUUGAUGUCUGCGAAGACAACAAUGCUGUCAAGUUUAGUUUCCCGACUGGAUGUGUCCGCGUGUCCUUGGACGUGGGCGAAACUUCAUGCACCCUUGUCUUUAGCGACGCGGGGAAAGGAAUUAGUCCGAAUUUCCUUAGAUACUCCAUCUUCGACGCGUUUUCCCAGGAGGAUCCGCUCGUCGAGGGCACCGGACUCGGGCUUUCUAUUGUCAAGCGCACGGUUAGUGCACUUGGUGGUCAUCUGAAGGUCGACUCCAACGAGUCGCGUGGCUCGACUUUUACUACCACUUUUCCUUCAAAUCGGGUCGUGUUUGAUCCAGGCCAUAUUGUCGAGCUUGGGGCUAGCAGUUUACCCCGAUUGCAGAUGAGCCUAUUUGCACCGAGUAGGUGGGACAAGGAAGAUGGACUGCGAGGUCGCCGAUGCGCCGAAAUGUUGUCGGAGUCGCUGAUGCGGGGAUUGAGCCGGUGGUUCCGACCUACCGUGACGCCCUGGGGGUCUGUCAGUACGGAUGUGCGGCUGCUGGUGGUGUUGGAGGAAGACGUGGCGGAUGCCAGAAGGAGAUUUGGCGGAGCAUUUGACUACACCAAGUGUCUGGUGCUUUGUCCGGAUUUUCACACCAGUCUCGGCACACUGGAAAAUAUGGCAACGAUUGUAGGCCCUGUCACCUUCUCCAGCCUUCAGAACGCCUUGUCGUGCUUAUUUCCUGACUGGGUUACAACCCCCGACAGUCAUCAUGACGAUGAUCAGCUGGGUGUGUCGGUGGAAGAAGCAGGCGAGGCUAUGCCCGGCAGAGGAAGACGCAAGGAAAAGGCAAAUGGGAUAGGGCUGGUGGAUGGAUUGGCCCAGGCGACAUCCCGGCUUGCCAUUGAGCAGGUGUUUGAGGAGAAGGGCACCAUGGACGCUCUGUUGUCCGAGGCGAUAUCCACCGACAAACUCAAGCACUCGUUGGACGGCACGGUGACUGGUACAGCCCCAGCCAACAACGUGGGCAAUGGGGAGCCAAUGAAGCAUCAGCCCGAAACAAGGCCUCCCAUGCUCCCCAGAAUCACCAUGAAAGACCUGAAGCUGCUGCUCGUCGACGACAAUCCCGUCAACCUCAAGGUGCUCAACAUGUACGCACGGAAAUGCAGCAGCACAGCAGCAACGUCGGUGGACGGCGGGCAGAAGGCGAUUGAUGCGUUCAGAGAAGCCUUGUCUGCUGGCGACAACAACAAAAGCCAUGAACAGCAGCGGUUCGACCUCAUCUUCCUGGACCUGUCGAUGCCCGAGGUGUCUGGGUUCGACGUGGCGAGGCAGAUACGGGAGAUUGAGGCACGGAGUACCUGUCAAGCGCGCGUAUACAUCUGCGCGCUGACGGGCCUGUCGAGCGACAAGGACCGCAAUGCUGCGUACGCGUCAGGCGUGGACCAGUAUCUCGUCAAGCCGGCGCGACUCAAGGACCUGCAGUGGGUGCAAUGCGCACGCCGUCGUGAGCAAAACACCACCCCUCACCCCCCCGGAUCCCCACCAUCUGCGAUAACGACCCCAGCGUCUGCCCCAGCACAGGGUGACGACAAGACCCGCCCCAACAUGGCCACCACUACAGACGCAGUCUUCGCCGAGGACGUCGAUAUUGAGCGCGAGAUCCAAGUCCGUGCCAGAGGCUCCAGGAGGUCGCCAAAGUCAGGGGCAGCGUCGCCAGGCCCGGACAGCGACAACGACCACGAAGACGCGCCGCUCCUGAAUGGCGCCGCCGACGAUUAUGGGAGCAACCACGGCGACGGCGACGCAGCCGAAGAGGAUGCCUGGGCUGGAGACGCCGACUUCCGAGGCCUUCCCUGGUGGAAGCGCCCUUCGAUCUACUGGCUCCUCCCCCCGUUUCUGCUCUUCACCACAGCCUUUGGCGGCAUCAUCGUGCCCAAGAUCAACCUCAUCAUGGAUCUCGUCUGCGAGGACUACUACGCCGCGCUGGCAGCCGACCCCAUAUCGUCGCCCAUGGACCCCGGCCAAGAUCGAUGCCAGAACGACGCCGUUUCCUCGCGCUCCUCGCUCUUCCUCCUCUACGCCAGCCUGUGCUCGGGCAUGCUGUCAGCCAUUGUCAGCCCCAAGAUUGGCGCGCUGUCAGAUCGAUACGGACGCAAGAAGUUUAUGAUUGCCAACACGUGCGGCACGCUGCUUGGCGAGAUCAUUACGAUUCUCGCUGCAAAGUUCCCCGAGACUGUGCACGUCAACUGGAUCCUCGUUGGCUACUGUCUUGAGGGAAUUUCCGGUUCUUUCAUUGUCGGCAUGGCCUGCGCGCAUUCGUAUGCUUCCGACGUGGUCUCGCCCCAGCGGCGAAAUGUAGCCUUUUCAUACUUUCACGCCUGUCUGUUUGGCGGCAUUGCCAUCGGACCCGUGCUUGCGGGCUACAUUAUUGAUGCGCGGGAAAAGUACGUGGGCAAGACGGAAGCUGUGCUUCUCAUCUUCUACAUGGCCUUGGGCGCCCACUUCUUCUUCAUUGUGUUCCUUGCCUUUUUUGUUCCAGAGUCGCUCAGCAAAGCACGCCAGGACGCGGCGCGCGAAAAGUACUCGGAAGAGCUGGACCGACAGGACCCGUCGUCGGAUUGGAUCAACCAGCUGCGCUCCGUCAAUCUCUUUGGCCCACUCAAGGUUCUCUGGCCCACGGGUCCCGGCUCCUCGUCUGCCGUGCGCUGGAACCUGGCUCUCCUGGCUGCCACCGACACCAUCAUGUUUGGCGUCGCCAUGGGUUCCAUGAGCGUCGUGCUGGUCUACACGCGGCGCCAAUUCGACUGGCACGAGCUCGAGUCUGGCCGCUUCACCACAAUCGCAAACAGCUGUCGUGUCUUCGCUCUGCUCGUCAUCCUGCCGCUUCUCACACGCAUUUUCCGCGGCAAAAACGGCGCGGCUCGUACGCGCAGCUCGGGCUCUGAUUUAUUCGAUCUCUCCAUCAUCCGCCUUGCCAUCUUCUUCGACAUGAUGGGAUAUCUGGGAUACGCCGUUGUACGCCGAGGCGAGCUUUUUGCUCUUUCUGGUGCUAUUGCUUCCGUCGGUGGUAUAGGGUCGCCUACACUUGGGGCGGCUUUGACAAAACACGUACCGCAGGAUCAGGUUGGCCAGUUACUCGGCGCCACGGGCUUGCUGCACGCUGUUGCACGCGUUCUCGGCCCAACCAUUUUCAAUGGCAUAUACAGCGCCACGGUCGCGAGCUACAGACAGACGGUCUUUGUGUGUUUAGCUGCCACGUUUGGCCUGGCGUUUUUGUGCAGUUGGUUCAUUCGUCCGCAUGUCCAUAUCAACGACGAGAGCAAGUAUACAAGACUGGCGCAAGAUGAGCGCGAUGAGUAA